AUGGGGAUAUUUAGCAGGAAAGGACCUUCUGGGUUUUCUGCCUCUUCUACAGCAGAGGAAGUUACUAAAGGAAUUGAUGGAACAGGUCUGAUUGCCAUUGUUACAGGAGCCUCAAGUGGUAUCGGUGCAGAGACAUCACGUGUUCUUGCGUUGCGUGGUGUUCAUGUUGUUAUGGCAAUAAGGAACAUGGAUGCUGGGGCCAAAGUCAAAGAAGCAAUCCUUGAAGAAAUCUCCAACGCUAAGAUUGAUGUCAUGGAGUUGGACCUGAGCUUGUUGGCAUCUGUAAGAAAAUUUGCAGCAGAUUAUAACUCCUCCGGCCUUCCAUUGAACAUUCUUAUUAACAAUGCAGGGGUAGGAGCAUCUCCAUUCAAGCUUUCUCAAGACAGCAUAGAGCUGCUGUUUGCAACCAACCAUUUAGGCCACUUUCUUCUCACCAAUCUUCUGUUGGAGACCAUGAAAAGCACAUCGCGAGAAAGCAACAUAGAGGGGAGAAUUGUUAAUGUAUCAUCACUACUUCAUCCAUAUGGUUACCGUGAAGGAAUUCGUUUCGAUAAAAUCAACGAUGAAUCAGGGUACAACAGAUACUAUAAUUAUGCGCAAUCCAAGCUUGCUAACAUCCUACAUGCCAAUGAGCUUACAAGGCGUCUCAAGGAAGAAGGGGUAGAGAUAACAGCUAAUUCUCUACAUCCUGGAGCAAUAGGAACGAAUAUUACGCGCCAUGAUAGCUUUUUACAAUGUUUCUUCAGUGUGCUGGGUAUAUUUUUCUCUAAAACUAUCCAACAGGGAGCGGCAACGACAUGCUUUGCAGCACUCCAUCCACAAGUUAAGGGAGUAGGCGGCGUAUACUUUUCAGACUGUAACAUUGCCAAACCGAGCUCUAAGGCAAAAGAUGCAGAUUUGGCUACCAGGCUCUGGGAUUUUAGCUUGAGUUUGACCGAUGCCAAGCAGUAG